AUGGAUAUUACGAGAGGCAGUUUAGACGAUAUCUCCCGCCCGGCAUCCAGCGAGCGUUCUCGCCCCGGUAGCCGUGUAUCAACUGUGUUAAUGCCUGACGUCGGGAGAGUUUGUCACCCCAGCCCGACGUCCCUGGUGGUCCUGAGCGAUGAUGCCCCCAACAAUAAGCAGGUACCGUACCUGCAGUGGCGAUUUUAGCAUGUAAAUCUUGUUGGGGCAAUAAAAAUAAAUAAAUAAAUAUGCAUGCCAGCAAAGCCACUACACAACACAACACUAAACAAUACAUUAAUUGCACUAUAAUGGUGACAAACGGUGCCCACAAACUGUUAGGGCCUUCAUAAAGCUGUCCCAACACAACAGCAGAGCUUUCUUUUCAGCACCAUGGAGUGAAUCCUUACCACCCCUUCACCUGGCUAUCAGCGGAGCCUUGUCUGGCAGCGAAACAGUUAAUUCAGCCUCAUUUACUGCCUUAAAAAAAAAACAUAGCUGAUAUGGCUGACUUGCUUGAACAAAUGUGGUUUCUACUGACAAUUGAGAUGUACAACCUAUGGCAUAAGGGAAUGAUGAGCGGAUAAGAGGCAAUCCGUAAUUUCCAUUAAGACAUUAAUGAGCGAGCUAGGACGGACGUAGUCAAUAUAACUAUUUGUUCAGCACUUUUGAAAUGUACAGCGACAGAAUUCAUAACAUGGGCCGUUCUUACAGUAUUCUCCCUGUACACCAAGUUAGAACCAUAGGAUCAAUUAUUUAUUUAUUUUAAAUAAAUAAAUAAAGGGGGCAUAUAAGCAGACAAUGAAAGCUCUUACAAUAUUCAAUGAUUACAGUUCUCUAAAACAGGCUAUAGGCUACAUGUGCACCACCAAGUCAGAACAGUAGGCUAAGUUAUGAGGGGGAAAGGGACCAAAUUAUUAGGGUGAGGCACAUGGGCUACUAACAGCUUCUACACAACAUACACUUAGUAUUACUUUCUUAGCUACAGUAUACAUAUCUCCCUGGCAUAUUACAUCAUUUAUGCAGCAGCCUACAAGACAUUUUUGGACUCACCUUGUUGUGCUGUGCGCAAUUGAACAGGAAAGUGGUUCGGCGGUCCUUCUUGUGGGCAGAUCUUGUCAUCAAACUUUGUCAUCAAAGUCUGGCAUUCUCUGGAUUUAUGGUGCUUUCAAGAGAACUGGGAACUCUGAAAAAAACAAGGUUGAAUCAUGUCGUCAGUGAUCUUCAGGUCAGAGCUCUAGAAAGAUAAUUCUGUGUUGGAUGACCGUUCAAAACGUAUUGUUUUUUUCAGAGUUCCCAGUUGUCUUGAACUCACUGAAGUCUGAGAUUUCCCAGUACCGAGUUUCCAGUUGUUUUGAACGCGGCAGAAGUCAUGCUGGAUUGACAGCAUGGCCAAUAUAUUCAACAAAUUUUUUGGACCAUGGUGUUACAUGUGAAUGUUAAUCCUUUUAAUCUUGGAAAAGAGACCUUAAAUGCAGACUUGGACCACACACCUUCUUUCACAUUUUGUUACAUUACAGCCUUAUUCUAAAAUGUAUUAAAUACAUUUUUUUCCCUCAUCAAUCUACACACAAUACCCCAUAAUUACUAAGCGAAAACAGGUUUUUAGAUAUUUUUGCAAAUGUAUUAAAAAUGUAAAACAGAAAUACCUUAUUUACAUGAGUAUUCAGACCCUUUGCUAUGAGACUCGAAAAUGAGCUCAGGUGCAUACUGUUUCUAUUGAUCAUCCUUGAGAUGUUUCUACAACUUGAUUGGAGUCCACCUGGGGUAAAUUCAAUUGAUUGGACAUGAUUUGGAAAGGCACACACCUGACUAUAUAAGAUCCCACGGUUGACCGUGCAUGUCAGAGCAAAAACCAAGCCAUGAGGUCGAAGGAAUUGUCCAUAGAGCUCCGAGGCAGGAUUGUGUCGAGGCACAGAUCUGGGGAAGGGUACCAAAAAAUGUCUGCAGCAUUGAAGGUCCCCAAGAACACAGUGGCCUCUAUCAUUCUUAAAUGGAAGACGUUUGGAACCACCACGACUCUUUCAAGAGCUGGCCGCAUGACCAAACUGAGCAAUCGGGGGAAAAGGGCCUUGGUCAGGGAGGUGACCAAGAACUCGAUGGUCACUCUGACAGAGCUACAGAUAUCCUCUGUGAAGAUGGGAGAAUCUUCCAGAAGGACAACAAUCUCUGCAGCACUCCAUCAAUCAGGCCUUUUUGGUAGAGUGGCCAGACUGAAGCCACUCCUCAGUAAAAGGCACAUGACAGCCCGCUUGGAGUUUGCCAAAAGGCACCUAAAGGACUCUCAGACCAUGAGAAACAAGAUUCUCUGGUCUGAUGAAACCAAGAUUGAACUCUUUGGCCUGAAUGCCAAGCGUCACGUCUGGAGGAAAUCUGGCAUCAUGUUUUUCAGCGGCAGGGACUGGGAGACUAGUCAGGAUCGAGGGAAAGAUGAACGGAGCAAAGUACAGAGAGAUCCUUGAUGAAAACCUGCUCCAGAGCGCUCAGGACCUCAGACUGGUUCACCUUCCAACAGGACAACGACCCUAAGCACACAGCCAAGACAAUGCAGGAGUAGCUUCGGGACAAGUCUCUGAAUGUCCUUGAGUGGCCCAGCCAGAGCCCAGACUUGAACCCGAUCUAAUAUCUCUGGAGAGACCUGAAUAUAGCUGUGCAACGACGCUCCCCAUCCAACCUGACAGAGCUUGAGUGGAUCUGCAGAGAAGAAUGGGAGAAACUCCCCAAAUACAGGUGUGCAAAGCUUGUAGCGUCAUACCCAAGAAGACUGGAGGCUAUAAUUGCUCCCAAAGGUGCUUCAACAAAGUACUGAGUAAAGGGUCUGAAUACUUAUGUAAAUGUGAUAUUUCCGUUUUUAAUUUUUGAUACAGUUGCACAAAUUUCUAUAAACCUGUUUUUGCUUCGUCAUCAUGGGGUAUUGUGUGUAGAUUGAUGAGGGAAACAAACAAUUUAAAUCAUUUUAGAAUAAGGCUGUAACGUAACAAAAUGUGGAAAAAGUCAAGGGGAAAGUAAUACUAAGUGUAUGUUGUGUAGUAAGCUGUUAGUAACCCAUGUGCCUCACCCUAAUAAUUUGUUGCCUUUUCCCCUCAUAACUUAGCCUACUGUUUUGACUUGGUUGUGCACAUGUAGCCUAUAGUCUGUUUUAGAUAAGUGUAAUCAUUGAAUAUUGUGAGCUUUCAUUGUCUGCUUAUAUGCCCCCUUUAUUUAUCCUACGGUUCUGACUUGGUGUACAGCAGGGGGAAUACUGUAAGAACAGCCCAUGUUCUGAAUUCUGUCACUGUACAUUUCAAAAGUGUUGUGUUGUGUAGUGGCUUUGCUGGCAUGCAUCUAAAAAUGAUUUUUUCAGUUUGCCCCACCAAGAUUUACAUGCUAAAAUCGCCAUUGCCUACUACCAUACCCCGUGCACUUAAAUAUUUUGUCUUGCCCAUUUACCCUCUGAAUGGCACACAUACACAAUUCAUGUCUCAACGCUUAAAAAUCCUUCUUUAACCUGUCUCCUCCUCUUCAUCUACACUGAUUUGAAGUGGAUUUAACAAGUGACACCAAUAAGGGAUCAUACUGUAGCUUUCACCUGGAUUCACCUAAUCAGUCUUUCAUGGAAAGAGCAGGUGUUCUUAAUGUUUUGUAUACUCAGUGUAUAAAAGCACCACCAUCUUUGGUUCUGUUAGCUAACUGUUCAGGUUGGAGCUUUGUACCUGAAGGUCCCUUGUAGAGGUUGUGUUGUGUGGUUGCUGUACAUGUUUGUUCAAAAACCAUUUGAGGACCUUAGAAAUGUUUGGUGUGGUGGAGUUUCUUACACUUUUUGUAAUGUGUUUGGAGGCUUUGAUGAUGGCUGUGGAGUCUGAGUAUUCCGUGGGGUUUGUCCUUCAGUGGGUCAACAUUUUUGACAAAAUAUCCACAGGAAAGUAUUAUUAAACCGACUUCAACACACAGGUCUCUGUGUGUGGCCAUCAAGAUUUGUUUGCUCGAGACCUAAGAUACGUGCACAUGAUUCAUGCAUACUAACCGAAGUCUUGCAGCUGUUUACAUGGUUUUGCGCAUGUGCCAGGUGAUAGAAAUUUAAACAGCAGUACCGUCGGUUAAAUAAUACUUUCUUAUGGAUAUUUUUGGCAAAAAUGUUGACCCACUGAAGGACCAACUGCACAGACAACCGGUAGGGUAAGUCCAGAUGUAACCUCAUCCCCAGGCUAUUGCGCACAGAGCAUAUAAGCCUGGGAUAUCAAAGAUUCAAAGUUGGCCUUAGUGGGAGUGACCCACUGAGUAAAGUAUUGGAAUCAUAACAUUUAUGUGAAUCACACGUCUGCGAGGCGUAUUGUGGGAGAUGAUUGGUUGGUAGAUUAAGCCAAAGCCGAUAUGUGCCUGGAGUUUCUCCACGUCUUUCUGUUUUGGCUAACGGUCUUUCUGCAUUGGCUUAAAAAGGUCACGUUUGAUGCGUUGGUCCUCCAGACUUCCACAUUUGGGCGGAAGUGUCUGGGAACGAGAUUAGUUCAAAUGUAAUUUGAUUCAACAUUCUGGCUUGUAAGGAAACUUUCCACGUUUUUGCAGUGCUUUGUUUCAGACUGUAUACCAAUAAUUGGUAUCACAGUCUGAUUUAUUACAUUUUACAUUGACAUUUUAGUCAUUUAGCAGAUGCUCUUAUCCAGAGCAAUUUACAGGAGCAAUUAGGGUUAAGUGCCUUGCUCAAGGGCACAUCGACAGAUUUGUCACCUAGUCUGCUCAGGGAUUCUAACCAGCGCCCAAUGAUCUUAACCGCUAGGCUACCUGCCGCCCCUAUAAUUAGACAAGGGUCGGAGCAGUUUGAGAGCAGUGUUGCCUAUAUUCAACCGGUAGAAAAUGAAUGGUGGCAGAAGGCGGUAAUCUAACGCUAUGUUAAUUUUUAUGCCUAUCUGAACUAUACUGAAAUAGUAAGAGCAUCUUGUUGUGUACUCUUAACUUGGCUUUAUAAAAAUAUUUUACUGUUACCCAGUCCUUACAAGGCAAGCCAACCCUUUAUCCUAAACGUUGCUAGUUUAAAAAAUAUAUAUAUCUGCCUCUAGCCAAGUUUCUAGACCGAGUGGGACUCGGGUCUUGUUAUAACAUAUACCCACCCACCUUGCUAGUUAUUCCCGACCCGUGACUGUGCCUGUUAGGCAACACUUUUCCCACCUCCGAAGGUACAGUAUAUCAGUAAUCGGUAGACGGUUCUGAUUGAAAAGUCGUCAUUUGUAUCACUGCGGAGUGCCCAAGAAACAAUUAAAUCCAAUUGUAACAAUAUUGAGUAGUUAUUUAUGAUGCAAGGUGGUUUGUAUAUUAGUCAGUCUCGACUCUCCUUUAAAGCCGGCUGUAAUGUCGAAAGCGCACGUUUUCGCUGCCUUCGGCUGAGUGGCUUUCAUGUGCACGAGCACCGCUGAUCGCUCCGCAUGGACAGUGUUCCGCCCCCCCGCCUAGCUCCAUUGAAAAUAUAUGGGAAACUGCCUCCACUUCUUGUCUGGAAAGCCCUUAAGACGGAAUGUUAAUGUUAAAAUAACUAUACUUACUGUUAUUAACUGUAAACAUGACGGCUAACGUUGUAGGGCUAAUCUGCCUCCUGACUUUCCCCAUCAAUGGGCCUAGAACCUGCGGUUUGAAUAGAUGUUACAAUUACUUUCCUAGGAUCACAGCAACUCGCAUGAAAACCUCAAGUCUCCAGAUGAAAGUCUUCCUGAGAAAGGUAGGCAUAAGUACAUAUCACUAUGACAUUUUAGGAAGUGGAAUAUAUAUAUAUAUAUUUAAAAAAAGAUUAACGUGUGUGUAUGUAUGCAUCUCUUUGAAUGAAUGUCCAGAUCACUUCAUUGGAGAUGUAUCUGAUGAGGAGAACGAAGAUCCAGAACUCCAGAUGGCCAUCAAGAAAAUGAAAAUACUUGAUAAAAUCUUGGCUUCAAGGAUCUCAAAUGAAAAAGAAGUCAAGAGAAAAGGGAAGGAGCUCCAUCAAAAACUAUGGCAGGAACUUUUGGUAAGCACAGGGAUACACAGAGUACACACAUGAAAUGACAUUUAAAAAUGUGUAUAUGCUAAAGGCUAUUUUCUACCUAUUUCUGUGCAGCAGAUAAAGCCCAACAGAUCUUCAGAAUGGGCAGAUGAAGCAGAAAAUACAAGGAUGUUUUUGGCCCUGGCUCCUUCCAGUAGUAAGUGAAAUAGUAUACAGUAAUUCCAGAACGCAGAUCAUUGUGGAUACUGUCUACAACACAUUGACUGACUUUGAGGACAAUGUACUCAUAUGCCAAAUUACGAUUCCAUGAUAAACAAAAAAAACAUUAUUUAUACUGUAUAUCACCAUUUCCGAUGAGCUUUUUUUUGUAUGGGAUAUGUCACAGCAAAUUGAUAAUGUUAUUUAGAUUCAGUCUCAGAAUUUGAAUAUGGUAAUUUACUAUUAAUAUGCAGGCUAUGUGUUAUAAUACAUUUUCAUUCACCCUAGCUCAUGGAUCCAGUGAAGAAGUAGACUUUGUUCCUGUGUUUGGGACUCAAGUGCCUAACAAAGAGUAUGAAAGACACAACAGACAAGUGGAGGAA